CAUCGUCCAUUCGUCGACCGAAUUGGAUUAAGUAAUAAGAAAAGCCAAACCGAAAUCGAAGCGGAUACACUCAAAUACAAUAGAAGAAAAGACGCCAAAUAUGUCUAUUACAAAGCCAUGGCAAAGGGAAGGAGACAGGACUUUGAAGAACUUGUCAAUAAUUUGACAAGUGAAUCUUUAAACAGCGUAGAUUCCCAAAGCUACACGCUGCUCGAAUGGGCCACCGUUUUCUCCACAUCCGAUUGGCCAAUCGACCAGUUCUUGAUAGAAAAAGGCGCCGAAAUUCAAACAGACGAAAAUCUGUUUCGCCAGAAUGUGUUUUUCAUCGCCCUGCAAUAUCUUCCUUCGAAUAAAGAAUCUCGGCACUUGUCAUUUGACGGGAUCGAUAUUCACGACGUGAACCAAACGGGCGACACGGCAUUGCACUUGGCUUUGUACGGGCAAAAAUGGGACGUGGCCGAAAAGAUUCUCGAUCAAUUUCCAGAUUACGAUGUCAACGUCACCAAUUCUAAGGGGUACACACCGCUUCAUCUAGCUGUUCACCCUAAAUGUAAAAUGGUCUUGAUCGAAAAGAUUUUAGCUCGAAUGAAUUCGGAAAGCGUUAUUAACGCACAAGAAGAAGACGGAUGGACUGCUCUUCAUGAUGCAAUUGAUAACCAGUCGGAAAUUGCCGUAAAAGAACUGCUCAAACGAGAUGACGUGGACGUGAACCUCAAAGACAACAACAACGUAACAGCACUACAUUACGCUGCUGGGUGGAAAAAUAUUCCAGGAAAUUUGUUAACAAAAAUAUUAGAAAAAUCGGCAGAUGUUAACGCUCAAGACAAAGAUGGAUGGACUACACUUCAUUAUGCAAUUAAAGGAGAAAACAGAACUGCGGUGGAGGAACUGCUCAAACGAGAUAACGUGGACUUUAACCUCAAGAAUAACCAAAACCAAACGGCACUCCAUUCGGCACUCCUCUUGCAAUCGGAAACUUUUUCCAAAUUGUUAUUGGAUCAAGGUGCUGACGUUAACAUCGUCACCGAGGACGACUCAACGCCCCUUCACCUAGCGGUUCAAUGGCCCGGUUGCCCAGAAGAACUACUUGGCCGUAUACUCAAUUCAACAAAGAACUUGCACGCGAAAAACCAAGGUGGAAAAACUGCCCUCCACUGCGCACUGGAAUCACAAUCGUCAAUCGCAUGCAAAAUGUUGCUGAAAAAGAAAGAAAACGAUGUCGACAUCGCCACAGCAGAUGGUGAAAUUGCUCUUCAUUUAGCAGCGAAAUGGCCAGACAUUGGCGAUGAGCUGUUCACGACACUCCUUGGAAAAACCACAGAAAUCAACAAACUAGACAGCAAAGGAAGGACUCCCCUCCACUGCGCCUUAUUUUUCAAAUCUGUUACAGCAACUAAGAUAUUAUUGAAUAAAGAUGCGACAGUCGAUGCAGAAGCCCAGGAGUACGAUAAAUUUACAGCCCUUCAUCUGGCCGCCUUCUGGUCGGAUAUUCCCAUAAAUUUGUUCGAAAUAAUUUUGGAAAAAUCUGAAGCGAAUCUAAACGCGCAGGAUAAAUAUGGAAGAACUGCCCUGCACUGUGCAAUACUAUCGAAAUCUGAAACUUUAAUUGACAACCUCUUGGAUGCAAAUGCGGAUGCUACAAUACCCGAACAUGAUGGUCUUACACCCCUUCAUCUAGCAGCCAAUUGGCGUCAACCAAUUGUACCAGAUAUUUCGACUCGUCUGUUCAAUAAAAUCCUGACAAAAUCCAGCAGCAUAGUCAAUGCAAAGGGCAGCAGAGGACAAACCGCCCUUCACUUCGCAUUGGCCUCGCACUCGACGACCGCAACUGAUGCGUUACUCAAACACGAAAACUUAGAUGUAAACAUCGAAACAGAAGAACAUGAAUUAGCGAUUCAUCGAGCUGCCAAGUGGAAACACAUCCCUCAUCAAUUGUUCAAGAUAAUCACGGACAAAACUGAUAGGGACAAAUUAAAUAGUAAGCACCUAGGAAAUACUGCCCUCGACUAUGCUACAGAGUCGGGAUUGCCACCGAAAUUGAUCAAUCUCUUACAGACAAAACAAAAGAGGGAAAAACACAACAAGAUUGAUGGUGGCGUCGUUAACAUAAAAACGUUGGGUGACAAUCAAUCACAAUCCGCACUUGAAGCACAGCAAAAUCGUAUAAAUAUAGAAGUUAAUGUCACGGAAAAAGACAACUCGAUUGCACUUCAUCCAAGAGACGAGGAGGAACGGCCUGAAAAAAUUAAGGUUGAUAAAAAGACAAUUCUGGGUAUGGGAACUUAUAGCACCGUCUUUGUUGGUUACUUGAGAAACCAAAAAGUGGCAGUGAAGCGGAUUCCGCUCUACCGCGCCGAAACUAUGCAAAGAGAGGAAGAAAUAAUUCGGCUCUUAAAACAUCCUAACGUUAUCCAACAAUUAGGAGUUGAAGAGGACGAAGAUUUCCGAUAUUACGCCUUAGAAUUGGUCGCUGGCACCCUCGACGACUUUUGCCAGGGCUAUUACAAAGGAGAAAUGCCGAGUGAUGGUGAAGCACUGACGCAGAUGGCCGAGGGCUUGCUGUACAUUCACGGCGAGAAAUUUGUUCAUCGGGACAUCAAACCUUCAAACGUUCUCAUCACAUUUCAUAAACCAGUUCGACUUAUGAUCACAGAUGUUAGUUCGUGUGAGGCUUUGGAUGAUACGAGAACAUUUUCAAUGCAAUCGGGGAAUAUAGGAAACGAAUUAUGGAUGGCACCAGAAAUGAUUGAUAAUUCCGAUGCUGACGACGAAGAUUAUGAAGAAUCAGUAAAAAGAUUUGGCAUUGCGUGUGAUACAUGGGCACUUGGAUGUGUUUUCUUCUAUUUUCUAACGAGAGGAGUUCACCCAUUUGGAAAAACCUAUUUGGGAAUUCGCUUAAACGUAAUGGUGAAACAGAGACCGGUCGAGCUUGAAAAAAUCUUGCUAUCUUCAAACUGCAAAAUGGUCGAAAUAUACAAACUGAUAGGCGAUAUGAUCGACAUAGAACCGCAAAAAAGAAUUUCACUGGAGCAAGUCCUUAAGAAGCUAAAACAAAUAUUUAAUUUGAACCGAUGUUCAAACCCGUCACUUUUCAAUGAGAUUCAAUUUGAAGACGGCAAUAUUUCCUUGAUUAAUCCAGAAAUUCAAGACUAUAAAAUUUCACCAUCGCAGUCUGAACCCGGGGAAAACGAUUCAGAUACUGGAGAAAAACAAGGAAAUGGGCAAUUACCACAACAAAGAAUUGCGAAUACCACUACCAGUGCCCAAGCAGAAAAUACCGACAAUACGACCAAAAGUGAAGAAAAAACGCCAGAAUCAAGUGAUAGAGAUGGCGACGAUAAAGACGAGUCGAAAAAGAAAAAAGUAGAAAUGUGCUGUGUCCGUUGUAAAAAAAUGACAACAAUCGAACAAUUAUACCGUGACGUCAACAAAAAAGUUGAAAGUGCCAACAGUAAGUUGGGCCAUCUGAAUGAAUCGGCAAUACGCACAAAUUUGGGUUUAAACGAAGUGGAAAAACCUCGCAACAUUUCAUCUUUGUACCAACUCAUCGAAUGCUACGGCAAAGCAAAACAUGCCAAGAAGUGGACGGAUGAAGAUACACAUCAAAGCUGUAAAAUGGUCAUCAAACAUCUACAAGACAAUAAAACAGAUGAGAAAUAUCAUGAAUGGUAUUAUAACAAAGCCAUGGAAAAGUUGGAAAAAAAAGAAAAUGAAAAGAAAGUUUUGGAAAAAAUAACCUUUCCCCUUACCGCAACCGACAUGGCAACCAAUGAACAGCAAACAUACUCAGUUACAAAGAUUUACAUACGCAACAAGCUCACAGCAUAUAUUCCAGGUCCCAUAGACUGGAACGAACUUACCAAACCAAGUGGUCCAAUAUUCUUACUCGCCUUGUAUAGGAGCAUCAAGCAUGAAAACGAAAGAGAGGGCAAGGAAGAUUCUAGUAAAACAAUCUUUGACGAAAACACUUUAUUAUCUUUCCCACCACCCGGAAUUCUGACCAUGGACGUCCCUGUCAAUAUAUCUUGGGGAAAAUCUCUCAUACAAACUGGACAAUUAAAUGAAAAUACGGGCGGCAAGAUCUCACCAAAAGAAAUUUUCACAACAUUCAUUGAAGUAGGAGAAAUCAAAACAUCGGCUAGCCAAAUUAGAGAUGCCAAAUUACAAUUAACACGAAGCCUUCUCUGCUUCAAAUGGCUGGAUCAAGUGAUUUCUCAAAACGAUACAUCUUAUGGACUGAUUGGAAAUAUAUACAUCGAAGGCAACUCUUCAGAAGCACAAAAACAAAGUCAAAAUAAAACCAACGAUGCUUUUCCUGGAGAAGGAAUAACAUUUAAAACUCGAUUUGCAGAGUACAAGUAAUAAAACGGACUAAGUUUAAUUUGUUCAAAUUUAGAAGAAAAUAUGCAAAUAAGAAAAUGCGAGUAAGAAUUCUGUUUGAUGAAAACUUCAAAAUUGCAAGCAAGAGAGUACUUCCUGUUAAGAUGGCCAUUGGAACUCGGUGGCAGAUUUUUAUUCUUAAGUUUGUUGGCAGAGGGAACUAGAAACUAGAAACCCAGAUUUUACCAGUGAAAAAUUUUUGAAAUAAAAAUGUAAAUCCCCAUA